AAGUGUGUGUGGUGGUUGUACCAACGCGGUAGAGAGAAUCUAGGGAGAGAUUUGAAGGCAUGAAGAAGCGCGCACACACUAAUAACAACACAACACACACCACUCACUGUGCCCUCACAGUUUUCAUUCUCAUUUUUCUCAUUUCAUGCACCCCACCUUCCUUCUCAUCAAAAAGCUACAUCACAAACGCAUGCCCUUCACUCUCAUCCCCCCCCCCCAAAAAAAAAAUUCUCUCUCCCUCUUUGUAUGUUUCAGAAUUCACAUAUACACACAGUUCUACUGACUGAUCAUGCAUAAUAUGGAGACGGGGAGAGUGGCGGCUACGACGGAGAAUUCUUUAACGCUGAGAAUGAAGACGGAUGCGGAAUCGGAUGCUGAGGAUAGUAUUGAACUGCACAAGGAAGAAGAUCUGCACCAUUUCCAUGUCUUGGCAGUCGAUGACAGUCUCAUCGACCGCAAACUUCUCGAGAAGCUCCUCCAGGUCUCUUCGUGCAAAGUGACGAGUGUGGACUCCGGCGACAAGGCUUUGAAAUAUCUCGGUCUUCUUGAUGAUCUUGAUAAUGCUUCUUCAACUUCUUCCGACUCAUCACCGUCCUCUUCUCACUCACCCCGACAAGAGGCAAUGAAAGUGAAUUUGAUCAUGACGGACUACUGCAUGCCAGGGAUGAGUGGCUAUGAUUUGCUUAAACGAGUCAAGCUGCAGGGAUCUUCUUGGAAACACGUACCAGUGGUGAUCAUGUCAUCAGAGAAUGUACCAUCCAGAAUCAGCAUGUGCUUGGAAGGAGGAGCAGAGGAGUUUCUAUUGAAGCCACUGAAGUUAUCAGACCUGAAGAAGCUUCAGCCGUACCUUGUGAAGUCCCUCAAUAAGAAUACGAAUAAUUCAAGCGAACAAGAAUCUGGUAACAGUGACGUAGCAACCGACAAUGACUGCAAUCCCAACAGUAAUAACAGCAAUUGUAUCGCCAAAAGGAAGGCCAUGUCUCCUCAACCUUCUGACAGACCCAGACCCAAAUUCAAAGGCUUGGCGGUCGUGUAAAACAAUAAUUAAAUAUAAAGACGUGAUUCGUGCAUGUAUAAAUAUAUAUUUAGUUUAUGAUAAUGAUGAUCCCAAUGGAUAGUUUCUUCA